CACCGCAAGCUCAUCAGCAUCAACAAGCGGUACACGGGCAAAUCCAACAGCGAGUUCAACCUCCGCCAUGACUGGAACUCGCUCCUCAGCCACGACCGCCGGCUGCUUUUCCGACGCUACUCCCGCGACUUCUUCCCGAGUGCUGAUACAAUGGUGCGUUACCUCGAGGACUUCGCUUCCCUGCUGAAGCUGCGGGUUCAGUACAACACGGCCAUCGUCCACGUGACGCUGGAGACAGAUGAGCAGGCCUGGAACGGACACUACUUCCUCCUGACCGACCAGGACAGGCAGAACUACAAGUGCAGCUCUUUGUUGGUCGCCACUGGGACGUGGGUCCCCAACGUGGUAAACUUCCCUGGCUCAGAGUACGUUGAGGGUUAUGAGACUGUGUCCAUCAACCCAGAGGAUUUUGCUGGCCAAACUGUGUUGAUUUUGGGCCGAGGGAACUCAGCCUUUGAGACGGCGGAGAACAUUCUGGGCGUCACGAAUUUCAUCCACAUGGUGAGCCGGUCCCGCGUGCGCCUUUCCUGGGCCACCCACUACGUCGGGGAUCUGAGAGCAAUUAACAACGGCCUGCUGGACACCUACCAGUUGAAAUCUCUGGAUGGGCUUCUGGAGGGCGACCUGGAAGAUCUGGCUAUCAUCAGGGACAAGAAAGGGAAGCUGCACAUCACGCUCCGGUUCUACCUGGAGAACAGGAACGCCAGCGCCGGCAUCGACUCCAUCACCCUCCCGCAGGACGAACUGGACAAUUUCGCCACCCGCGCACCUUACGACCGUGUCAUCCGCUGCCUGGGCUGGAAGUUUGACUUCUCAAUCUACAACAGAUCCCUUAGAAUGAUGCCAGGAAAAGGAAAUAAAAAGAAGUAUCCUCAGAUCAAACCUAGUUACGAGUCCAGAGGCACUCGGGGGCUUUUUGUUCUCGGCACUGCUAGCCACUCUGUUGACUUCAGAAAAUCUGCUGGGGGCUUUAUCCAUGGAUUCCGGUAUACAACUCGUGCAGUCCACCGCCUGUUGGAGAACCGUCACCACGGUGUCCCCUGGCCAUCCACAGUCUACCCAAUUACACAGCUGACCAAUUCCAUCAUCAAGCGGGUGAACGAGGCCUCGGGCCUCUACCAGAUGUUCAGUGUCCUGGCUGACAUCAUACUGCUGAGAGAGAAAGCCACAGCAUUUGCAUACCUGGAAGAAUACCCAGCUGGAGUCCUGGCCGAGCUGGAAACGCAGACGGGGAGAAAGGCUCCCAACGGGCUGUUUGUCGUCAUCAUGGAGUAUGGGAGGAAUUUUUCUGGGGCUGACAAGGAUGUCUUCUACUACAACCGAGCCGUGGGAGAGGCCCAGCAUGCCUGGCAGUCCAACUUUUUGCACCCUGUUAUUUACUAUUACAGGCACCUCCCAACAGAGCGUGAGAUGAGACUUCGGCCCCCAGAUUGGGCUCUGCCCCGCCCAGACGCCAUCCAUCACAUCGUGGAGGACUUUCUGACAGACUGGACAGCCCCCAACGCUCACAUCCUGCCACUGAGACGGUUCUUGGAGAACUGCCUCAGCACUGACCUGCGCAAUUUCUUUGCAGAGUCCUGUUUCCUGUUUGCCUUCACCCGUCAGAAGCUGCCUCCCUCCUGUCGGCAGGGGUACAUGAGAAUGCAAGGGCUCGUGGGGAGCGCGGGGCUCCGGCGCCACGCGGUAGAAGCUGGCCUGCUGGAGGACUACACUCUCACAGACUUUUUGGGCGACAGACCCCCUGACAGCCCUGAAGGGUCAGAGGACCAGCUGCUGAGAGAUCACGCGGUAGCGGUUCCUCCGCUGCAGCAUCUCGUUAAUGCCAAGGAUGAGCUUUAA